UAAUUAGCAGUGGUAGAGAUUGAUAACUAACUAGUACUAGGUAGAAGUCAUGGUGGGGAGAAUGCCCCUCCUCGCGGGAAUUAUUUAAAGCCCGCCGGCCCCUCUCGCUCCAGUCUGACUUCCUCUCCCUUUGUUGACCUUCAACUGUUCUCUACCCGAAAUCAAUCCAUCGCCAGAACUUAUUUUCAUCCCAUCAUCCCAUCUAGUCAAAAUGCCUGGUCCUGGUUUCAAGGCUGGUGACAGCUUCCCCGCUGACGUUGUCUUCUCCUACAUCCCCUGGUCUGAGGAGAAGGGCGACAUCACUGCCUGUGGUAUCCCCAUCAACUACUACGCCUCCAAGGAGUGGGCCGACAAGAAGGUCGUCCUCUUCUCUCUUCCCGGUGCUUUCACCCCCGUCUGCUCCGCCAGACACGUUCCCGAGUACGCCGAGAAGCUCCCUGAGCUCAAGGCCAAGGGUGUCGAUGUCGUUGCUGUUCUCGCCUACAACGACGCCUACGUCAUGAGCGCCUGGGGCAAGGCCAACGGUGUUACCGGAAACGACUUCCUCUUCCUCUCCGAUCCCGAGGCCAAGUUCUCCAAGAGUGUCGGCUGGGCCGAUGACGAGGGUCGCACUUACCGCUAUGGUCUCAUCAUCGACCACGGCAAGAUCACCUACGCCGCCAAGGAGCGCGAGAAGAACGUCCUCGAGGUUUCCGACGUCAACACCAUCCUCAAGCACCUGUAAAUACUUCACAAAGAAUAGACCUAGAAUGGCUUAGACCCUAGACGCGGGAUCUCGUGUGGGGGAUAAUGAGCUGCUGAGCAAAUGCUCGGCAUGCAUGACCAGUAGUUCGAUUUCCAUAGAGAUUGAAUACAAUUUAUUGAUGAAGCUAUGGUCACCGUCUACCCAAUCCAGUAGGAUGAUGUCAAUCCCGCAGCAUGCAGUUGCAUCCGAGUCAGAAAACGAAGAACAAGGCACCAAGCUGCUUGACUUUAUUAUUGGUGUACCUGUGGCUGCAAGGAGGACUGUG